UAGAUCUUCAUUGAAGAAAACAAAAAGUUAGAUUAAUCAUCAGAAGCCUCUCCGUCUGUCCGUGGAUGAGCAUGGAGACAUGGCGAGAAAUAGAUGGGCCAACAUUAAAUGGCUUAAUCAAAGCCUAGAAACUCUUUGACUUUCCCAAAAAUAACCUUAGAAAAUUAGCAAAAUUAUGCCCAUCGUACCAAACGUAGAUGGUAGAUACCGUCAGAAUUCAAGAACCCAACGUGCCUCACCCCCACCCCUGUCCUAAAUCCAGUUUUAAGAAAACUUACAAAAUUACAGAAAUAACCAUUACAUCGCCUGAUCAUUUCUUUCCUCCGUCCAACCUUUUCAUCUUUAUACUACCACCCACUUCAUCUUUCUCCGAUCUACUUCAUUUACCUUCUCAAAUCUUGGAUUUUCAUUCUUAAAAUUAACAGGAAAUAAAAAAUGAAUUCUAAUUACGGGAAAGGCACAUCUGGGUCUUUAAACAACUUCAAUUUUGACUUUGGGAUUGGUUCAAACCGAUCCAAAUCGCUCAAUGAUCAAAAGAACCAAACUUCAUCUUCAUAUUCUUCUUAUUCAUCUUCAACAACUACGCAAUCAAAGCCUGCGUGGCAAUCGAAUAAACCUUCUUGGACUCACCAGCCGGCACCGAGUCAAUCGACCCGCCCCGGGUUAAAUGGACCCAGUUCUAUGGUGGGUGAUAUAUCUGGGAAGAGCUGGAAUUCAAUGGGUGUGGGUUCGGGUUCAGGGCUUGGGAUUGUGGAAAAGAGCCCAAAUUUAUUUGGGGAUCUUGUUAGUUCUGCUUUGGGGCAGGGUACUAAGGGUAAAAGUGAUGUUCCUUUGAAAAAUGUUACACCCACUUCUAGUAAUAGUGCAUAUUCGAUGGGAAAUAUGGCUGAUUCGUUGCCAAAAACGGGUAAUUCAGUUAAAAGUGGUGGAAGUUGGGGAUUUAAUGAUAAUAUUGGGAGUUAUAAAAGUAGUAGCAAUGUUAAUGUUAACGCUAGUGGUAAUGCCAAUAUUAGUAGCAAUAAAAGUUCUAAUCUUGGUGGUCCUUCAAUGACAAAUAUGAUGAGUGGAAGUGGAGUUGGAGGUGGAAUGGGUGGUGGAAGGGAUCCAUUUGGUUCUUUGGUUGAUUUUGGAUCGAAGCAACAAGCCGGUGGUCUUAAUUCAGCUAGUAAAAGUAGUGUUAAGACUAGUUCUGGUGGGAAGGAUGGAUUUGGAGAUUUUCAAAAUGCUACAGGAUCAAGUGCAACGGCGUUUCCAUCUGGUAAUUUUGCUGCAAGCAAUAAUGGUUUCACGGGAUCCGGUAACACUUUCAAUUCUGAUGUCAAUGAUUUUGGAUUUGGGAUGCCCAACAAGGACUCUGCUCCACAGAAGCAGACUUCUGUUCAAACGGCUAGUGGGGAUCCACUUGAAAUGUUAUUUUCCUCUUCCGCUGGAGGUGCUGCGUCUGCAUCUGGAGGAGCAGGAGGGCAGCAGUUCUCAGAAGUUGAUGAUUGGGGAUUGGAUUCAGGGUUUGGAGGAGGAGCUGGGGAUGAUUUAGGUGGGGCCACCACCACAGAGCUCGAAGGGCUUCCACCUCCUCCUGCUGGGUUCACAGCUUCUGCAGCAAAGAAUAAGGGUAUAGAUAAUCAAAAGCAGGGGCAAUAUGCAGAUGCCAUCAAGUGGCUGUCUUGGGCUGUGGUACUCUUUGAGAAAACUGGUGAUAAAGCUUCCACCAUGGAGGUUUUGUCUAGCAGAGCCUCAUGUUAUAAAGAAGUUGGAGAGUACAAGAAGGCGGUGGCUGACUGUACUAAGGUGCUCGAAGAAGAUGAUGCCAAUGUUUCUGUUCUCGUACAACGGGCACUCCUGUAUGAAAGUAUGGAGAAAUACAAACUUGGGGCAGAAGACUUGAGGACUGUACUGAAGAUUGAUCCUACUAAUAGGAUUGCAAGGAGCACUGUUCAUCGCUUGACUAAAAUGAUAGACUAGAGAGGUUUUGCAGUUUACAUCUGUAUUUUAGCUUUUUCCAUUUCAGCGGAUACCUUUCCCUGUCACUAAAUCUCCGGGAAAUCAUGAAAUUUCACUCAAAUACUUGUAUUUCAAUUGAUUAUCAUGCCUUAUGUAUACAAUGUGUUGAAUUUCAUUUUUGUUGAUUGUGAUUGAGAAUAAUCAUUAUUCAAAAGUUUGAGGUUUCGGAA